AUGCAAGCGCGAAUUGCUUCAAGUUGUUUUAGGGCUCGGGGGCUCUUCUUCGACAGAGCAGAGACGGUGAUUGUGAAUUCCUGUCGCAUGUCGUUUCGUCACAAUCCCAUCAUUAUUCCCUCUCGCCCUUUUUGUUCUCAAACAUUCGUGUCAUGCCAAUCUCGUCGUAUAUUCACUAGGCAACUCUCCACCAAGCAUAAACCAUGGGAAUCUUCAAGAACCGUCCCAUAUCUUCAUAACACAUCAAUGCCUUUCUCUCAGAUUCCCCGACCAGGCCUCCCCAACAUCUUAUUUGAUGAACAGGGUCCGAUACCAAAGGGGCUUGCAAUGUUUUCGACAUCAACUGGGGGAGAUGUAAUGGGUGCAAUACAGGAUGCGAAACAAGUGAAGUCUACGACGGUCGUGAAAGGGGUCGUUUCAGAAGAGGGAAUUCCAAGCACCAAAAUUGUUAGUACUCUUGCAAAAUACUUAUGGAUGAAAGAUAAUCUUGAAUUCCGUUUGCGGGUGAUCGCUGCCUUUGGGUUUCUUGGUUGCUGCCACGGUGAGCGGAUCGAUAAUAUUGUACUGAAUGUUCAGGUGCCUUUCUUAUUUAAGCUUGCUGUUGAUUGGCUAAACACGGUAACAGGAAACGCCAGUGCUCUUGCUGACUUCACUUCUGCUAAUUCGACUGUUUUAGCUCUUGUUUGUGAGCCCAGGAGCCAGUUGCGAACUACAGUGUUUUCUAAGGUUGCACUGCGAACAAUUCGAUCAGUUUCGAGGAAGGUAUUUUCACAUUUGCUUGAGCUCGACUUACAGUAUCAUCUUAGUCGAUAA